UUACGGGCCGCCUUCAACUUGGUGGCAGCAGUGGCAGGCUUUGCGGCCUACGCCUUCUCCACGGACUCUCUCACUCAUGCCCUGGAAGCCUGGCUGGACCACCUCACGGCCUCCCUGUCUGCAGCGUAUGCCCGGGGCGGCGUGGAGUUCAACGAGAAGGUUCUGUCGGGCAUCCUGGCCCUGCGAGGCCUCUUGGGCUGGCCUGGAGAGAAGCUGUACACAGCCAGCGGGAAUGUCGCUCCCAGGCACUGGUUCCGCGUCAAACACUUACCCUACACGACCCGCCGGGACUCUGUGCUGCAGCUUUGGAGGGUGAUGCUCACCCCAGGCCGCUCCUGAGGGGCUCACCUCGAGGACAGUCCCAGCUCGCACACGAGCCGCCCCGCCGCUGCCUCUGGGGGCUCUCUUGGCGCCUCUGCACCAACACACAGCCCAGCGUCAGAAAAAUCACAUGCUUUUGAGUUCAACAGCCGAGAUUCUGCCCCCGCCCACCACUCAUGGUCGCAGUGCCCUUGGGCAAGUCUCUGGAUGAGUUGGAGCCUUGGUUCCGUCCACUGUGAGAAGGGGAAGGGAUAAGCCUCCUGGCAGGAUUGUGGGGUUGUGUGAGAAGUGAACGCGAGCAUCUGGCAGGGAGGGCUUGCCGUAAAUAAAUGGGACGCCCCUCCUGCUUGGUCUUUGAGUGCCAGGGGUUCUGUGGGACUGAGGCCACAUCUCGUCAGCAGAGAGGCAAACAUGUUCCUACAGCAAAGGACUACCCCGGAGUUUGCCUGGCUGGCAAAUCACGUUUUCUUCUAUGCUGGUGGAGGUGAAAGGCGCUGAGAGGCCCAGGGAGAAGCUGCCAUGGGCCGCGAGGCUGGGAGCUGGAGCCUGUGGUGCAGCUUUACGGGAGGUGUGUCCGCCAGGGUUCUGCGAGAGCCGAUGGCACACUCCAAGAGGCUGGGCAGCCAGCACGCGGUGGGGCCCCAGGAGAGCCCCCGGACCUGAGGGGAGAGACAGUGUUGCCGGAACCUUGCGAGAGCUGUGGUGUGGGAGACCUGGCAGAGCUCUGGCUGAAGGAAGAGGAGGGGACAAGCCGAGGCCCUGCAGGGAGGGAGCCCACACAA